AUGCCACAUAGCCAGCUUGCACGACCACAUUGCAAGUCUGCAACCCAGCUGAUACAAAUAGCAGAUAAGUUUGUCAAACAAGAUGGUGGGAACCAGGACAUGGAAACGUUACUCCAAGAAUGCAUCGAUACACUAGUAAACUACCAAGAGGAGUGUAAAAAGCUGCGAAAAUGGGGACACAAGCCUCCGAUUCAGGACCCUGAGGUGUUCGAGACGUAUGAGGCCGCCUACGUUUACUACAAGAUCGUGUCUCAGCUGGUGUUGAAUAAGAUCCCAGAACUGCCGCAGUUUGUUAAAGCGAAAAACUCCGCCAAGACCGAACGGGAGAAAGGUCUCAUCGAACUUUACAAUAUGCUCGUGAAGACUCUGCUCACAGAUGAAAAGUUCGCGGACAUACGAAAGUUUAUUAAGGACAAUUCCAGAUCGGAUUCUAUCAGCGCUAAGAAAGGUUUAAACCACGAUCACAAUAUAAUCGAUACAAAAGCUGCUUGGAAAAAUGGGCAGGCCCUGACUCUCUUGCAAUUAACUUCUUUGUUGCAAUCCUGCAAAGUACUUUUGAUUGACCUCAGACCCCGAAUGAAGUUCAUCGAGUCUCACAUCAAGACCGAAGCCAUUAUAUGCAUUGAACCUAUUUCCUUCAAAGACAACUAUUCGGAUACAGAAAUCAUCAAACGAUCUCUCAUAACGUCUCCCAACCGUGAAGUCUCAUUAUUUAGAGAUAGGGACAAAUUUGAUUUCAUUGUAAUAUACACAGACAUGCAAGAUAAAACUCACUUUUGUCAACAAAGACAGGAGAUCCUGGUCAAGCUGCUAGUGGAAAGGUCUUUUGAGAAGCCCUUGCAAGGAACCAAGGUUUGCACGCUUGAAGGAGGAUUUCAAAAUUGGUGUAGAAAUGAGGGUCUAUGUGAAACUACAAAAACGAGCGACGAAAGCGGUUACGCUAUGGAUUAUUCUAUUCCUCCACUUGCACCACGAUCAAUGGGGCUAACGAAGCCUGCUCCCUUGUCCUCAAGUUACUCAUCAAGCCGAAUCUCCAAUUUCGACACAGAGUCUGGCCCAGGGGCCAAUGUGGGUUCCUCUCAAGUGUUUCCAUAUCAACAAAUGCCGAAUCUACGAAGGAACUCUAGUUUCAAAGAGAAACUUUCAAGCAUAUCACGCAGCCUUUCUCGAACUGGUAGUCCUUCUUUGGAGCCAAGUUCCGAUUUGUAUAAGGAAUCGGCAAAAUAUCCAGACACUCCUCAAUUAGCUCUCUCGGGGCCACAAUUGAACUCAUUAUCUCAACUGAAUCCACAUGAUCCUAAAAUUAUUUCCCCUCACUCCAAGAGUCUGUCCCCGCCCCGUCUGAACGGGAACUCGACUCCAGGAGUUCAUCCGAAUGGCGGUUUCGGACCCUCAUCGUUCUCCAAUAAGUACAGUACUACCAAAGAACUCAGUCCUUUACCGAUAUCGCGACGGAGUGAGUCGGAGGCCCAGCUACCCCAACCUAUGUUGAAUAAGAAGACGGCAAGUUUCUGUGUCGGGCUCGUGAAUUUGGGCAACUCAUGUUAUAUGAAUUGCAUCAUUCAGUGCUUAUUAGGGACCUAUGAGUUAUGUCAAAUUUUUUUAGACGAUUCCUACAAGAACCACGUCAAUUUGAACAGCAAGCUAGGCUCAAAGGGAGUUCUUGCGAAAUAUUUCUCGCAGCUGGUCCACACAAUGCAACAAAAGGCAAUUUCUGCUUCAGCGAGCUCAAAGAAUAAACUCACAGCCGGACAUGAAAAAACUGCAGUGCAGCCCAUCAAUUUCAAGGUCGCAUGUGGCUCUAUCAACUCGUUGUUCAAAGGAUCAUCGCAGCAGGAUUGUCAAGAGUUUUGCCAAUUUUUGUUAGAUGGAUUGCAUGAAGACCUUAAUCAAUGCGGAGGAAACCCCUCUUUAAAAGAGCUUUCGGAGGAGGCAGAAAAAAUCAGAGAAAAGCUCUGUAUGAGAAUCGCAAGCUCCAUCGAAUGGGAGAGAUACUUGACUACGGACUUUAGUGUUAUAGUGGACCUUUUUCAAGGGCAAUACGCCUCUCAGUUGAUGUGCAAAGUUUGUGGGCGCAAGUCUACCACAUACCAACCAUUUUCAGUUCUAUCGGUACCAGUUCCGCGUGGUUCGCGUUGCGAUAUCAUAGAUUGCUUCAAAGAGUUUACUAAAGUAGAGACUUUGGAGAAAGAUGAACAGUGGUCGUGCCCCCAAUGCAAAAUAAAGCAACCUUCAACCAAAAAAAUCACCAUAACAAGACUACCAAGAAACUUAAUUCUCCAUUUGAAAAGGUUCGAUAAUUUAUUGAACAAAAAUAACAUUUUCGUCUCCUACCCUCAUACCUUGGACCUCACAUCGUUCUGGGCUAACGACUUUGAUGGCAGACUACCACCUGGUGUCUCGGAACUUCCCACAAGGGGCCAAGUUCCGCCAUUCAACUACAACUUGUAUGCGGUCGCCUGUCAUUUUGGUACGCUUUACGGAGGACAUUACACGUCAUACUUAGAUAAAGGGCCUCCAAAUGGUUGGUGCUACUUUGAUGAUACUAGCUGGAGAAGAGCAAAGAGUGAUCAUGAAUGCAUUACAACAAGCGCGUAUGUCUUAUUCUAUCAUCGCACUCCGAACUCUACAUUUUAA